CUCUCCCCCUCUUUCUCUCUCCCCCCUUCUUCAUCUCCCUGCUCUCCUCUCUUCUCUCCUGUCUUUUGCUCGCCUUCGGGAACCCUAAGGAGGUCUUCAGGCGCAUCGACCUCGCUUCUUGCGGCCGGUCUGGGAGGCAUAGGAGGGCCGGGGGGGGGGGGGGGACAAUCGCUUCUUCAUCGUCAUCCGCGGUCCUUGCGAUCUAUGCGCUGCAUCUGAUGCAAGGUCAAACAUUGGAUGACCAGAAUAGUGGUUUCUUCCUUUUCUUACAUUCAGCGUGGGCCUUCUGGAAGAAAAUAUUUCACUGAUUGAUAAAUUAUUUGGAGAAAUUAUUUUUAAAACAUGCCUUCUCUGCAGUUAUUGCCAUUAACUGAGCAUGGGCGCAGCAUUCUGGCUUCUCGGAGGAGAACACUUGCACUAGUCUCGGGUGUUCUAGUGGCUGGUGGGACUGUUGCAUACAUGCAAUCACGAUGGCUUAGCAGAUCCGGCAGACCAGGAUCUUCUGCUAACCUCUCUACACUCGGUAAAAAUAAGGAGAGCUUGAUCCAGAAUGGUGUAGAUGAUAAGUCAAUUAGGACACCAAGGCAAAAAAAGAGGGGAUUGAGAUCUCUACAUGUUUUAGCUGCAAUCUUGCUCUCACAGAUGGGCUCAGUGGGCAUGCGCAAUCUUAUGGCCUUAGCAGCCACCGUGGCAUUGAGAACUGCCUUGAGCAAUCGAUUGGCAAAAGUUCAAGGAUUCUUGUUUCGAGCUGCUUUUCUUCGGCGAGUACCAACCUUUUUGCGCCUGAUUGCUGAAAAUAUUCUUUUAUGUUUUCUCCAGUCGGCCUUGUUUUCUACUUCAAAGUACUUGACAGGGGCCUUAAGUUUGCGGUUCAGGAAAAUAUUAACAGAGCUCAUACAUGCUGAUUAUUUCGAGAAUAUGGUAUACUACAAAAUCUCGCAUGUUGAUGAUCGAGUCACCAAUCCAGAGCAACGAAUUGCUAGUGACAUACCAAAAUUCUGUUCAGAACUGAGCGACCUCAUACAAGAUGAUCUCACAGCAGUUACUGACGGCCUGGUAUAUACGUGGCGCCUCUGUUCCUACGCAAGUCCAAAAUAUGUGCUCUGGAUACUGGCAUAUGUAUUAGGGGCAGGAUCAAUGAUUAGAAACUUCUCACCUGCAUUUGGGAAACUGAUGUCCAAGGAGCAGCAAUUGGAAGGGGAUUAUCGGCAGCUUCACUCACGGUUAAGGACCCAUGCUGAAAGUGUUGCAUUUUACGGGGGAGAGAAUAGAGAAGCAUCCCAUAUUAAACAACAAUUCAAGACUCUCAUUAAGCACUUGAAUCUUGUUCUUCAUGACAAUUGGUGGUUUGGAAUGAUUCAAGAUUUUCUUUUAAAAUACCUUGGUGCUACAGUAGGAGUUAUCCUGAUUAUUGAGCCCUUUUUUGCUGGCAAUCUUAAACCUGAUACUUCAACGUUAGGAAGAGCAGAAAUGUUGAGCAAUCUUCGUUAUCAUACAAGUGUGAUAAUUUCACUAUUUCAAUCCCUUGGGACUCUCUCUAUCAGUUCUCGACGGUUGAAUCGUCUCAGUGGUUAUGCAGACCGCAUUCAUGAGCUGAUGGUUGUCUCUAGGGAGCUAUCUGCCAUUCAGGACAGAUCAUCAAUUCAAAAUGGCUCAAGUGGGAAUUAUAUCAGUGAAGCAAGUUACAUAGACUUCUCAGACGUCAAGGUUGUGACACCAAAAGGAAAUGUAUUGGUGGAUAAUCUGAGUCUUAGGGUUGACUCAGGCUCUAAUCUUCUGAUCACAGGUCCAAAUGGAAGUGGAAAAAGCUCCCUUUUCCGGGUUCUUGGAGGCCUCUGGCCACUGGUAUCUGGUCACAUUGUAAAGCCUGGGAUUGGUUCUGAUCUCAAUAAGGAGAUAUUCUAUGUGCCGCAACGGCCUUAUACGGCUGUUGGAACACUUCGCGACCAAUUAAUCUAUCCUCUUACAGCAGAUCAGGAGACUGAACCACUUACACAUGAUGGAAUGGUUGAGCUGUUGAAAAAUGUUGACCUCGAUUACUUGCUGGAACGGUAUCCCCUUGACAAGGAAAUUAACUGGGGUGAUGAACUAUCCUUGGGUGAGCAACAGAGACUGGGAAUGGCCAGGUUGUUCUACCAUAAGCCUAAGUUUGCCAUUCUUGAUGAAUGUACAAGUGCUGUCACAACCGAUAUGGAGGAACGUUUCUGUGCUAAGGUUCGAGCAAUGGGGACAUCAUGUAUUACUAUUUCGCACCGCCCUGCACUAGUGGCAUUUCAUGACAUAGUGUUGUCCUUGGAUGGGGAGGGAGGGUGGAGUGUUCAGUAUAAGAGGGAUGGUCCAUCAGUUUCUAUUGAAGCAGGUCCUAAUCUGUUAAAAUCUUCUGAUUCUUCUCGGCAAAGUGAUUCACUGGCUGUUCAAAGAGCUUUUACCACCAGCGGAAAGGAUAAUGCAUCACCAAAACCCAGUGGGCAUUCUUAUUCAACAAAGGUGAUAACAUCGUGUCCUAAAAUGGAGUACAAAGUUGCAUUGCCUAUUGUUCCACAAUUACAAAAGACGCCAAGAAUAUUGCCGCUUAGAGUAGCUGCAAUGUUUAAAAUACUGGUUCCCGCACUACUUGAUCGGCAGGGGGCACAGUUGUUUGCAGUUGCUUUACUUGUUGUAUCUAGAACAUGGAUUUCAGAUCGCAUUGCUUCUUUGAAUGGGACUAGUGUGAAGUAUGUCUUGGAGCAGGACAAGGCAGCCUUUAUUCGAUUAACUGGUAUUAGUGUUCUUCAAAGUGCUGCAUCCUCUCUUGUUGCACCUUCACUAAGAUAUCUCACAGCCAAGCUUGCCCUUGGAUGGCGAAUUCGUUUGACUCAACAUUUACUUAAAUAUUAUUUGAGAAGAAAUGCGUUUUACAAGGUGUUCCACAUGGCAGGUAAAGAUAUUGAUGCAGAUCAGCGACUAACACAUGACGUGGAAAAGUUGACCAGUGAUCUUGCAGGAUUGGUCACUGGAAUGGUAAAACCUUCUGUAGACAUUCUCUGGUUCACUUGGAGAAUGAAACUCUUAACUGGACAAAGAGGAGUUGCCAUAUUGUACACUUACAUGUUACUAGGCUUGGGCUUCUUGAGAAGUGUCACCCCUGAUUUUGGUGAUCUGGCAAGUAGGGAACAACAGCUUGAGGGAACAUUUAGGUUUAUGCACACAAGACUCCGUACGCAUGCUGAAUCUGUUGCUUUCUUUGGCGGUGGUUCUCGGGAAAGAGCUAUGGUUGAUUCAAGAUUUAGGGACUUGCUUCAUCACUCAAAGAUCCUUUUGAGAAAAAAAUGGCUGUAUGGUAUACUAGAUGACUUCGUCACGAAACAACUUCCUCACAAUGUGACCUGGGGACUGAGUUUGUUAUAUGCUAUGGAGCAUAAAGGAGACCGUGCUUUGACUUCUACACAAGGGGAGCUGGCACAUGCAUUGCGCUUCUUAGCUUCUGUAGUGUCACAAAGCUUUCUGGCAUUUGGGGACAUUCUUGAGUUGCAUAAGAAAUUCCUUGAACUUUCUGGUGGUAUAAAUCGGAUCUUUGAGCUGGAGGAGCUUCUUGAUGCUGCCCAGAGCGAUAUUACUCUACCUGAUGCUUCAAUGUCCUCUGAAGCAAGUGACUCACCUGCUCAAGAUAUUAUUUCUUUCUCAAAGGUGGACAUUAUCACCCCAUCACAGAAGCUGUUGGCUAGGCAUCUAACGUGUGAUAUCAUACCAAGGAAAAGCCUGCUUGUUACUGGACCUAAUGGGAGUGGGAAGAGUUCCGUAUUCAGAGUCCUUCGAGGUUUGUGGCCUACGGUAACUGGAAGGCUUGUCAAGCCCUGCCAAGGCAUGUACUAUGUUCCCCAGCGACCUUAUACAAGUCUGGGGACUCUGAGGGAUCAAAUCAUAUACCCUCUCUCACGUGAGGAAGCAGAGAUGAGGAUGCUCACGACGUUUAGUGCAGGUGACAAGCCCGAUGCUUCUAAUCUUCUGGAUGCUCACCUGAAGACUAUUCUUGAGAAUGUUCGAUUAGUCUAUCUUCUUGAAAGGGAAGGUUGGGAUGCUACUUCUAACUGGGAAGAUGUUCUAUCGCUAGGUGAACAACAGAGGCUGGGCAUGGCACGGUUGUUUUUCCAUCAUCCUAAAUUUGGUAUCCUUGACGAGUGCACCAAUGCCACUAGUGUCGAUGUUGAAGAACACCUAUACAGUCUGGCAAAUGAAAUGGGCAUAACAGUUAUUACAUCUUCCCAGCGUCCUGCCCUCAUACCAUUUCAUUCCAUGGAGUUGAAACUUGUUGACGGUGAGGGCAACUGGGAGUUAUGCACGAUCAACCAGUGAUGUCGACAUAUUCUGAUGGCAUUUGUUAGUAUUUGGGUAAUUUAUGCCUAUGAGAGCAAUCAAUAUUGCUACUUAUGCCAAAGCCAACAGGGCCAUGGUGCAGCUAAAGACUUAAAGAAAUGUGCCAGCACAGGCGGUCAGAUGUAUAAAUUAAUGCAGAUUCCACAGUGAGAGGGGACUUCUGCUCAUAUUGGAUCUUUUUCCCAAUGCUGAAGUUUUAUUCUUUUUUGGUGAGAUUUUUAGCCAGAAGAAAGGCAGAGACUCAUUAUACGGUAUAGAUCUAUACAGGAAAAAGAAGUGUGUUGGGGGGGGGGGGGGGGAGGGAUUUGCAAUAAGCAUGGGACAUGCUGGUAGAACUGUGUACUGAGGAAGUUGAAUGUACAGUCUAAUCCAUUGAUUUCAUACAGCAUCAUAUAAAAGGAAAUUGACAUUACAUGUUAUUUAAAAUUAAUUGAAAGAUCUGUCAAUAUUUGCCUUGCCAGAUUCUGAAGUUCGUGCAGUGGAAAAGUGAGGUGCAUGAAGGCUUUGUCAUGACAGGUCUCGACUCUUCACACUUUCAUAACCGUUUGGAUAUUGGACUUUGAAUGAUGAUGGUUGUUGUAUCUAGCUGUUUGUUCUGUUUGUAUUUAACCCAUCAGGAUUUGCUCGAUUUUAUUUGCAUCCAUUGGUGAAGACCUAGAAUGAUGUUUGACUUCUUUAUGCUUACAUACCGCAGCAUGUUAGUUCUGAUCCAAAUGAAGCUCGUUCUGCUAUCUCAUUCUAUUUUUUUUAUUUUCAAAGAAUAACUUUAUCUGAUUUUAAAUGUACUCCUAAUGAGAAGAUUUGCAGCCAGCAUCACAGAUACAGCAGUUUUCUGGAUAUGUAGGCGUUAAAGAUUUUUAUUCAGGAACAUGAAGGAAUGUGAUGCAUGUUUGCAACUAGAGGUAAGAUCUGGAUGAGAAUUUGACCUAUUAGCAUGGCUAUUGAUGCUAUAAGCUGCUGUAAUCGUUUGUUUCAGUGAAUUUGUUAUAGAUCCUGCCGUGAUUUCUUUGAUCCUGCUACAAAGGUGUGGCAGGUGAACUUAUUGGUGGUUCAGACUGCGGAGCCUGCAUCAGUUUGGUAUUAUGUAUUUUCAUCCGACAGGGAAGUUUGAGGGCAGAAAUCUUGCAUUUGAGAAAAAGUUUGGAAUUCAUAAUUACUAUCAUUUGGUCACCGAGUUCAAAUAUUGGAGUCUCUUCUUGUUGUGGCGAGAAGCUGAUAGUCUUCUCUUUUGGUUACUUGCAAACCAUGGUUUAGUGAGGAAUACAAAUCUGUGAAGCCAGUAUGGUUCAUCAGUGGUUUUCUAGUCAUGGAGAGUUGUCUGGUUAAGAAGUUCUCGUCCAUGCAACUGCUCUACUUGUUCGUAAGCUCUAUUGUCCUGGCACAUCAGAGGUGUGUUGCCAGUAUGAGGAAAAGUAUUGAUGAAUGUGGGGGUCUAAAGACUGGGCUUUCACAUGGAUUCCAUUAGAGCAGGUUCACCACAUCUCUGUUACAAUGAUGAAACCGAUAUCCAAAGAUCUUCGACAUUUCUUCAUUUUCUUUUAUCAUCUAAUCACCUGGCAGGCUAUGCUUGUAUAGCUUCAUGAGGCUUUUGAUCAUUCCAACCACCAUAAUGAGGGAUGGUUAUAGGGAGGAGUCAUCCCCUCUCUCUCUCUCUCUCUCUGUUUCUCUCGUAAUAAAGGUAUAUUAGAAAAAGAAAUGUGCGGAGUUAAAAAGGGUUAAAAUUUUCACCUAGCAGAUAUCAAAUUUGCUUGCGUCAGGUGGUGAUUCAGAGACCAUUUUUUCAAGUUUUUAAAUUUA